AUGCAACAAAAAAAGUUUACUUUAUUAUUUGCACAUUUCUGCCCAUUUCUUUAUUUCCUUUUACCUCUCUUUUGCUCUACCUUUUUUUUUACUUUUUCGUUUUUCUUUUUGUCCAUUCCUUUUUUUCAUUCACUUUCCUUUUAUUUUGUUCAUUACUUUUUUUUGUCUUACCCAUUCCUUUCUUUUUUGCCCAAUUUUUUUCCUCUCUUUCUAUUCUUGUCCAUUCUUUUUACCUCCUCCUCUUUCUAUUCUUGUGUAUUCUUUUUACCUCCUCCUCUUUCUAUUCUUGUGUAUUCUUUUUACCUCCUCCUCUUUCUAUUCUUGUGUAUUCUUUUUUCCUCCUCCUCUCUCUAUUCUUGUCCAUUUUUUCCUUCUCCUCUUUCUAUUGUUGUCUAUUCCUUUUUUCCUCUUUCUAUUCUUGCCCAUUUCUUUUUUCCUUUUUCUAUUCUUGCCCAUUUCUUUUUUCCUCCUUCUCUAUUCUUGCCCAUUUCUUUUUUCCUCCUUCUCUAUUCUUGCCCAUUUCUUUUUUCCUCCUUCUCUAUUCUUGCCCAUUUCUUUUUUCCUCCUCCUCUAUUCUUGCCCAUUUCUUUUUUCCUCCUCCUCUAUUCUUGCCCAUUUCUUUUUUCCUCCUCCUCUAUUCUUGCCCAUUUCUUUUUUCCUCCUCCUCUAUUCUUGCCCAUUUCUUUUUUCCUCCUCCUCUAUUCUUGCCCAUUUCUUUUUUUCCUCCUUCUCUAUUCUUGCCCAUUUCUUUUUUCCUCCUUCUCUAUUCUUGCCCAUUUCUUUUUUCCUCCUUCUCUAUUCUUGCCCAUUUCUUUUUUUCCUCCUCCAUUCUUGCUCAUUCCAUUUUUCCUUCUCCAUUCUUGCUCAUUCCUUUCUUCUGUACCCCCCUUUUUUCUUUCGUCUAUCUUUCUUGUCAAUUACUUCAGUCUUUUCAAUAUCUUUCUUCCGUAUUUGUUUUUGUCCAUUUCUUUUCUCUUUUUUGUUCAUUUUCUUUCUUUUUCUUUUUUUUCUUCGUUGUUUUUUCUUUGUCUUUUUUUGUUCGUUUUUUCUUUGUCUUUGUUUUUUUUUUUUGUACAUUUCUUUUUACCUUUCUUUUAUUUUCUUGAUUUUCCCCUUUCUUUUCUUCCUUCUUUUUUCUUUUCUCCUUUCCACAUUACUUUUUGUUUAUUUUCUCUUUUGCAGCAAGAAUUAGUCAGACAAAUUUAUAAAGACCAAGAUUGUACAGAAAAAAUUGAAAAUAUAGAGCAGAAACAUAAACUCCAUUUAGCUGAGGUGAAUGCACUAUUUUCAUCUCUGGAUGAAAGGAGAAAGAAAAGAGACGUGCCUGACUAUCUAUGCGGCCGAAUAAGCUUUGAGUUGAUGCGUGAGCCCGUGAUUACCCCCAGUGGCAUUACAUAUGACAGGAAAGAUGUUGUUGAACAUCUUCAUAGAGUAGGACAUUUUGAUCCAGUCACUCGCACAACACUGACAGAAGACAAUCUCAUUCCAAAUCUGGCCAUGAAAGAGGUUAUUGAUGCCUUCCUAGAAGAAAACCCCUGGGGAGAGGAUUACUGA